AUAUUCAUGACCAAACGUGUCCUUAUUUUUCUCCAUAUAUACUUUUCUUCUAGCUAUGCUUCACUAGCUCACCAUUGUUACUGUCUUUAAACAUUUAUCUAGUUAUUUGCAUCACUCAUGGCUGAUAUGGAUCGUUCUAGCACAUCAAAUAACAAUCCUUCCAUGGACUCUUCUGCAUUUGAGGCCAAUAAUGAAGAAACUUCGAAGCUUGAAUUUUCAGAAGACGAGGAAUUCCUCGUUACUAAAAUGUUCAACUUAGUUGGUGAGAGGUGGUCAUUAAUUGCUGGAAGAAUUCCAGGAAGAACUGCAGAGGAAAUUGAGAAGUACUGGAACUCAAGAAAUUCCACCAGCCAGUAAAUAUUUUCUGAUAUAUAUAAUAUAUGAUUAGGAUUAUAUUUUAUGAUUACUAUUCUAUUUAUGUAGAAGAAAUUGAGAAACACUACUAAAGAAAAGUUUGAGAAAAUAUUUCAUAUUUCCCAUUAAUUUGAUAUAUUAAUUACUAUCACUUCCUAA